UUCAUUUAUAGUGGAAUUAUAGUCUUAAAGUUUGUUAAUUGAAAACAUUACUUGAAAAGGAAAAACCACAAAGUCAAGUUCAUUGUCCAUAUGAAAAACUUUCUGGACCAAUUCUUUAAACCAAAAUUUAAGGUAUACCCCAGUAUUUUAGUGAUUUUUUUUUUUCAGAUAAAAUGCUUAUGACUUAUCCACAAUUUCCACUGAUUUCAGCACCACCAAAAAUUUUCCAUACUCUAAAAACACUGAAAGCCAUGGUUAAACAAAACAACUACAAACCAAAUAAACAUAUGAUACCAAAUCCAAAAUCCAGCAGCCUUCCUUCGUUUACCGUCCAAUCAAAUCAUACCUGUCACGUUCGUUUUUUUCUCUCUGUUCUUUUUUUCUCAGAAAACAAAUAGACAAAACAGAAACAAAAACGCCCUUAAAAAACGAGUGCGUGUCCGUGUUUUAACGCACCACCCCAUUUUUUUAUUUGAAGCACCAAUGUCCAAUACACUACAUGUAAAGGUGCUGUUGACGUCCCAACCCAGUUCCUUUGCCACCGCCCUCUUUUUCUCUCCCACCCUCUUAUGAUUUUAUCAGUACUCUCCCUUAGAACUUUCUAGUUUGUUUUUUUUUUUUGUUCUUUUUCUCUUGAUGGGUGCCAAUUUCUCUGCUUUGUUCAUAGACCAAGAUCGUUUAUCAUCCUUUUCUUCAUCAUCACCCGGUUUGGGGGACCUGCCUGAGAGCUGUGUGGCAUCAAUUAUUGGGUUUUUGGAUCCUCCAGAGAUAUGCAAAUUGGCAAAGUUGAACAGAGCAUUUAGAGGUGCUUCUUGGGCUGAUUUUGUUUGGGAAUCGAAAUUGCCACCCAAUUAUGAAAUUCUUGUUGAUAAAAUUCUUGGCUAUGUGCCAGAAAAAUUGGGUAAAAGAGACAUUUAUACAAGGCUCUGCACAGCUAAUACUUUUGAUGGUGGCACCAAGAAAGUAUGGCUAGAUAAGAGCACAGGUGGUGUUUGUUUGUCAAUCUCUUCAAAGGGGUUACGAAUAACGGGGAUUGAUGAUCGAAGAUAUUGGAAUCAUAUUCCUACUGAGGAAUCUAGGUUCUGUUCCAUUGCAUAUCUUCAGCAAAUCUGGUGGUUUGAAGUUGAUGGGGAGGUGGAGUUUCCCUUUCCAGCGGGGACCUAUAGCGUUUUCUUCAGACUGCACCUAGGUCGUGGCUCUAGGAGGUUUGGGCGCCGGAUCUGCAACCCUGAGCAUGUCCAUGGUUGGGAUAUAAAACCCGUACGGUUUCAGCUAUGGACUUCGGAUGGUCAGUAUGCCACAUCUCAGUGUACCUUGAGUGAUCCCGGGGAAUGGUUUCACUACCAUGUGGGGGACUUCAAUGUUGACAACUCUAGUUCACCAACAAAGAUUAGGUUAUCUAUGACCCAAAUUGAUUGCACACAUACAAAGGGUGGUCUCUGUUUAGACUCUGUGGCCAUAUACCCAAGUAAAUUUAGAGAAAGGUUAAGGCACAAAGGAUUUUUGAAGUGCGCUAAACCCAUGUAACUAGAAGUUUCUGUUUUGUAGAGUUGUGCAUACAUAUUCAAGGAGAGUGUAAUCAGGUUGUAAUUGGUUUUUUUGAGGGUUAGAGACUUGAAAAAGAGUCAAUUUUGCGUAUAAAUCGUGUUUCCAUUUGUGGUGCACGGACUGAGAGGGAGUGUAACCAGAUGAAAAUUUUCAUAAUGAAAAGAAAAUAGCGAAAAUGUCGAAAA